AGCGAAAGAAAUGUGAUUCAGCAUCGGAAAUUCGGAAACUGUCGUCUGUUCUAAGUUCUUGUUCAAAAGAAAAUCGCGACUUUUUUUGUACAUUUUUUUUCCAACAUCGACAAGAAGAAUCUUUUUGCAGAACAGUUUCACAUUCAAAUCAACGCAACAUUUCAUUGUUCUCAAUUAUAAUUUUGAUAUUUUAAUUUUACCAUAUUUUGUUAAAGUAUAAAUUUAUAAGAAAAAAAAACAGCAAUGGCCCUGAAUCCACAAUACGAGGACAUUGGAAAAGGAUUUGUUCAGCAAUACUACGCACUGUUCGAUGAUCCAUUGCAAAGGGCAAAUGUUGUCAACUUUUACAGUGCUACAGACUCAUUCAUGACCUUUGAAGGCCUUCAAAUUCAAGGAGCACCCAAAAUUAUGGAAAAAUUAUCUAGUUUAACAUUUCAAAAGAUAAAAAGAGUGAUAACCGCAGUAGAUUCACAGCCCAUGUUCGAUGGUGGUGUUCUAAUUAACGUUCUAGGACGAUUGCAAUGUGAUGACGAUCCACCACAUGCGUUUUCACAAGUGUUUGUCCUUAAACCACUCGCUGGAACAUUUUUCUGUGCGCACGAUAUCUUCCGUUUGAAUAUUCAUGACUCGGCUUAAAUUUUAAAUUAGAGCUUAUGUGGCCCCCAAAAUGAACCGAACUACACUAACAACCAACUACACAACAACAUUAUAAAGAAAACACUCACACAUAAUACACAACUCAUAACGUGUUCUCAAAACUUUAUAUAUGUAAACAAAAACAACUCACUUUUGCCUUUUAUUUCUCAACUUAAGUGUUAAAUGACAAGAAUUUAUUAAUUAAUAAACAAUAAAAAUAAAUAAAGAAAACAAAAAACAAGCAGCUUCUUUAUUUAAAUUUCUUAAAUCAAAUCAUGCAAAAAUAAAACACAACACUUUUUCUAUCAUUUUUUUUGUCAAGUCCUUUAUAAUUAUUAUAAGCUCGCCAAGCGCUAAGCUAAGUUUCCAUUGAAUAAAAUAAAAUGUUACUAUUUUAUAAGAAAAAUAUUAAUAAAUAAUAAAUACGAUUUUCGGAGAUAA